AUGGCGAGCGAACUUGAGUCUGUACACGACACGGACCAGGCGAUCGACGACGCCCACGAGCCCUCGUCGCUCCUCGCCCGCCUUCCUCCUCCACCGCCUUACCGGGUCGUCGUCCGCGGCCUGUCGAUCCAGGCGCCGGUGCCACGAUGGACUGUGCCGGUCGCCAUCCCGUUCACCGUGCCGAGGUGGGUCCAGCGGCGGCUGCAGAAGGGCGGCGAGGCGGUGCCGACCGAGUUGGUGCGGAAUGUCAGCGUCGACAUCGCCGCAGGCGAGGUGCUCGCACUUAUCGGCGGCAGCGGCAGCGGCAAGACAACUUUGCUCAACGUGCUCGCCGGGCGACUCGGCAACCUCGAGCUCCCGACGGGCAAGAUCGACUACCUCCCGGCGAGCGGCGCGGCCGACUCGCGCUCGUCGUCGCUCGGCACCGCCAAGAAGGUCAUCGGCUACGUGCGACAAGACGACGCCCUGUUGCCGUACCUGUCGGUCAAGGAGACGCUCGAGACGGCCGCCGCGCUGCGCUUGCCCAAGUCGGUCUCGCCGGCGCAGCGCACCGCCAUCGUCGAGCAGACGAUGGCCGAGCUCGGCCUGCGGGACGUCGCAGAUGUCCUCGUCGGUGGAGCAUUGCGACGCGGCAUCAGCGGCGGCGAGCGGCGGCGCCUCAGCAUCGGUUGCGCCCUUGUCGAGCGAUGUUCGAUCCUCCUCCUCGACGAGCCGACGAGCGGCCUCGACAGCUCGACGGCGUUCCAGAUCUUGCAGACGCUUCAAAGAUUAGCCGCAAACGGGCGUGUCGUCGUCCUCAGCUGUCACCUGCCCCGGUCAGAAGCGUUCGGCCUGUUCGACAAGAUCCUCUUGCUGUCUCGAGGCUCGCCCGUCUUCUCGGGGCAGCGCGAGCGCAUGCUCCCGUACUUUGCCUCGCUCGGGCACGACCUGCCUGCGCACACCAACCCGCUCGACUUUGUCAUCGACAUCUCGUCCGUCGACAGCCGCACCGACUUGGCCGAGGAGGAGUCGAGCGCGCGCGUCGGUCAGCUCGUCCAGGCGUGGCUCAAGGAGCAGCACACGGUCGCCGCGACGAGCGAGAAGGGCAUCACCGUGUCGUCAUCUUCAAGCGCUUCAGUUCCUGUCGAGCCCGAGGCGUCCAACGAGCCCGACUCGCUGCGCCUGUCGGACCCCGAGAAGGGCGAGUCGCUCUCGUCCGGCGGCGCCACCGCCAUCGACGCUCCUGUGCCGCUCGUCCGCGCCACCUUCCUCCAACAGACCUUCAUCCUCACGCGACGAGGCACGCGCAACGUCUUGCGCAACUGGGGCGUGUGCGCGGGCUUUUCCCUUCAGGCGAUCAUCAUCGGCAUCGUCAUUGGCCUCGUCUUCCUCGAGCCGGCCGAGAGCCCGGCAGGCAUCCAGACGCUCAAGACCUUGUGCUACAUGCAGGCGCCGGCCUUCUACUACCUGAGCAUCAUUCUCGCCGUCUUUCUACUUUGCAACGAGCUCGUCGUCUUCGACCGCGAGCGCGAGGACAACCUGUACUCGACUGGUCCCUGGGUCGUCUCGGUCAUCCUCAGCUACGCGCCGAUAAACAUCGUCGCCGCAACCGUCUACUCGGUCAUCGUCUACUUUAUGGCCGGCUUCUGGCGACAAGAUCUGGCGACCAAGGUCCUCUCGUUCAUCGCCCAGGGCAUCCUGCAGCAGGAGGCGGCGUGGGCGUACGCGCUGCUGUGCUGCGGCGUGCAGCGCAGCUUCGCCCAGGCGUCUAUGCUCGCCAACGGCUUCAGCAUCUUUUUUCUGCUCUCGGCAGGGUACCUCGUCACCGAUUUGGGCGCCUGGGUCAGCUGGUUGCGGUGGAUCUCGCCAUUCUUCUACGGCUUUCACUGGGUCGCUCGCCUUCAGUUCAUCGGUCGCACGUUCGCCUGCGACGGCGUCACCGGCCCGGCGCUGAAUCAGUGCGUCGGCGAGAACGUGUUGCGGGGCAUGCAGUUCAACCUCGCGACGCCUCUCUACGUCUUCCCUCUCGGCCUCCUCGGCUUCGUCCUCGUCGCCUACGCCCUCGCGACCGUCCUCCUCGUCACCUAUCGGCCCGGCGGCGUCCAGCAUGCCUCGAAGCACGUCUCGCAGUCGACCGCCGCCGCCGGCCACGAUGCCGAGCUCAAGCGCAGCACGUCGAGACGUGCGGCCAACAUCGCCGUCAAGCACCUCAAGCUCAUCGUCUCGAAACGCGGGUUCGGCAAGCUGCGCGAGCGCAAGGAUAAGGUCAUCCUCGAGGACGUCACGGCGAGCUUUCCUGCGGCCAAGGUGUCGGCCAUCAUGGGUCCUUCCGGCGCCGGCAAGUCGUCCCUUCUCCAAGUUCUCGCCGGUCGCCUCAACUCGUCCGCCAUGUCGGCCUUCAGCUCGACGGGCACCAUCACGCUCAACGGCCAGCCGUUCGACUCGACCCUCGCCUCACUCGUCGCCUAUGUCGAGCAGGAGGACGACUUCCACCUCCCGGCCUUGACGGUCCGCGAGACCUUGCGCUUCGCGGCCCGCCUGCGGCUCAAGCACCAGAGCACGGCCUCGUGUCACGCUCGCGCCGAGGAGGUCAUCCGCAUGCUCGGCCUCGGUCCCUGCGCGUCGAACCUCGUCGGCGGGCCGCUCCUCAAGGGCAUCUCGGGCGGCGAGAAACGGCGCGUGUCGCUCGGCGUUCAGCUCAUCUCGGGCGCAGCAGUGCUGUACGCCGAUGAGCCGCUCACCGGUCUCGACGCCUUUACGGCCUCAAGCGUCAUGCAGAUGCUCAGCGACCUCGCUGCGGCGGGCCACACCGUCGUCAUCACGGUUCAUCAACCACGAGCCGAGAUCUGGAACGCGAUCGACGAGGUGCUGCUCCUGGCCAAGGGCGGCAGGACCGUCUUCUCGGGCCCCGCCAAGGAGGCGUUGCCGUUCUUCAGCCGAGCAGGACUCGACUCGCCGGCCAACUACAACCCUGCCGACUUUCUCCUCGACGCUAUGUCGUUGAAUUACGCGUCGCCUGCCGCCGAGGAGCGCUCUCGUGAACGCGUCGAUCGUCUCGUCGCCACGUGGAAACUCGAGUCGGGCGCGAGCGCCGUCGAGGACGCAGAGCCGUCGGCCGCGGCAACGUCGGCGCCGACCCGGUCGGCGCGCCUGCAGUCGACGCCCUUCCACAAGGCCUUCCCUGUCGUGCUUCGGCGCAGCUUCUUGAACCUCCGCCGUCAGCCCGACAUCUUCGUCGCUCGCCUCGCCAACCCCGUCUUCCUGUCCCUCCUCUUCUGGCUCUUCUUCGCCCGUCUCGAUUAUGGCCCAUCCAGCCCUCAAACUCGCGUUGGCCUGCUUCAAGAGACCACGGCGCUGCCGUUCGUGGGCAUGCUGUCCUGCCUCGCCAUCUUCCCGUUCGAGCGGGCGCUGUACUUUCACGAGGUCAAGAGCAGCGCCCGACACUCGGCCACGACUUUUCUCGCCGCCUACACGGUCCAGGAGACGAUCACGUCGCUCGUCAGCUCGCUCCCCUGGGCAAUCGUCUUCAUCUACGGCAUGAACCUUCAGCAAGGUGGUCGCCGCUUCGUCGAGUUCUGGAUCUCGUCGUGGGCUCUCUUGAGCUGCGGCGAGUCGAUCGGCAUCAUUUUCAGCGCCUUGACGACCAACGGCGGCCUCGCCGUCUCGCUCGUCUCGGCGGGCCUGACGCUGCUCGGCCAGGUGAACGGCAUCGUCUCGGCCACUGUGCCGUACUGGCUCCAGAUCAUCGCGUGGAUCUCGCCGAUGAAGCCGCAAGCUUUCGCCGUCACGAUCAACGAGUUUGCCGGCCUCACGUUCCGCUGCGACGAGGCGCAGCUCGCGAGCGGGGCGUGCAUCGCCGCGACGGGCGAGCAGAUUCUCGACACGUUCGGCUUGCCCUACAGCGGCACGGGCAAAUACAUGGGCAUCCUCAUGGCGCUCGUCGUCGUCUGGCGACUGCUGGCGUGGGCGGCGCUGCGGGCCAAGGUCGCGUUCUUGUGAUCGAGCCCUUUCCUCCCCUCCCAUCCCUUCCCUCCUCUGUCUCCUCUUCUUCCUCGUCGUUCAACCUCUUUUGUUGUAGCAGUCUCGCAACGUAUGCAGCCUUUCCUUUC